AUCAGUUUAUCAGAACUUCGAUUACAGAUUCACGAUGGUACUCUCUAUGGAACGUUGGGUUGGCAAUGUGGCCGUAGUCACUGGUGCUAGCGUCGGUAUUGGAGCUGCAAUUGCCGAGGCUUUGGUGGAACAAGGGCUUAUAGUGGCUGGACUAGCUCGUAGAAAAGACAAACUGGAGGCCUUGGCCAAGAAACUUUCCAACAAAAAGGGCAAACUCUACGCAGUCCAAACCGACCUGACUAAAGAAGAAGAGAUCGUGAACGCCUUCAAAUGGGUCAAAGAAAAGCUUGGACCUGUUCACGUACUCAUCAACAACGCUGGAUUUUUAAAACAGAACAGUCUGGUAGACGGAGAUAUCCAGAUUUGGAGAAACACUCUCAACGUCAACGUCCUCGGUCUGUCCAUAGCUACGAGGGAAGCCGUAAGGGAUAUGAGGGCAAACAAAGUAGAUGGACAUAUAAUCCACAUCAACAGCGAAGUCGGGCAUCAAGUACCAAGCUUUCCACAGUUCAAUUUGUACCCAGCCAGCAAAUUCGCAGUCACAGCCCUAGCAGAAACGCUAAGAUUGGAGCUCCUCAAUCUAAAGUUGAAAAUAAAAAUCACGAGCAUCAGUCCAGGACCUACAGAUACAGAUAUGCUGCCGGACUUUAUGACAUCUGACAAGAGUUAUUACGAAGAGAAGAAGAUAAUCGAGCCUGAAAAUAUCGCCGACGCGGUAGUCUACGCCCUGUCGACUCCUCCUCACGUUCAGAUUCAAGAACUCACAGUAACACCAGUAAACCAUAAACUAUAAAUGAGACAAAGGCAAAGUAGAAACGUUUCGCCAUUUUGUUCCUAGCAUCAAUGAUUACUCUUGCAGAAGUACCAGAUUGUGCUCAAAACGUGUUUAAGAAGUUUGCCAAAGUACAUAUAUAUUUUUCAAUGUAGUUGCUUAUAAUAAAAUUGUAGAAUUGUUGUCACUUGAUAAUAAAUUAUUUAAAAUGAA